AAAACAUCUUUUUCAUUUCCGGUGGUAUUCUGUUGUUUCUACGACUUUCCCUGGCGAUUCUGAACAAUUUGUAGUUGAUGAACAACAUUGGGCCAAAGAAUACCAAAGCAAAUUAGUACAAAAACUUCGUACGAAAUUAGGACGUCGCUUACAUAAGAUUUCAGCGCCAGAGUUACCAACAUGAUAAUUAGUAUUGCAAGGAGAGUUAGAAGUUUUCCCUUCGUCACCGAUGUUCGAUGAAAGAUAGGAUAGGAUGUCGCCAAAUAUCGAUCAAAAUUCAUGACCAAAAGAGCGAGUAAAGAAAAACCAAUGAAAAUAUCUGAUAACUUUCCGGUAAUGUCCAUCCAGCUAGGGUAUAUAUAAGACAACUUUCCAGUCAACUCUAGCAUUGCGACAAGAGCCAUCAAUGGAUGAUUAGUUACAACCACAAGCAAAUCGAAACAGGACAAAACCAUUAUCAUAAAAUAACAUAACUUCUUUCGAAGCUGCACAGAUCUCCGGAUACUGAGUAUGACCACGAAAUUUAAACAUAUUCCUGAGAAAAAGAACAAUACGUUCAAAGCAAAUAUGAAUAUCAGGUUGAUGAAACGGCUGAGCUCCAUCAUUAAGCGACUUCUUCUGAAGAAAUGAACACAACAAUAACACCGUCGUGUUUUAGGUAUGACAUCUUUAAUUAGAAUUCUGACUUGAAAAUUUAGUCUGUGAUGAAGUAUAAUGACAUAUCUAAGUAUAGUACACAUUAUUAUGACGCACUUUUCACAAAGUUUUAUUAAAUGAAUUGCCUCUGCAGAGUUUUGAAAAAAUAUUUAGAACAAAUAACUCUUUUAUGAACAGGAGAACAUGCAAAAUUAAAUAAAGAUAAAUAGUCUGGCCCAAAAAGGAACUAUAAUUUAAGAUUAGCAUAAUACUUCAUUUAGUAUGUUUUUGAAAUUGACAUACUACAUGAAGUAUCUUAAAACCUGUAUCUUAAAACGCGCGAUAAAGGAUUGUUAUAAUUUUUAGAAUUUACUACGCGCACAAAAAAUAAAGGUGACAUAUUUUAAAGUUAUACAAAGUAUAUCUUCUGCUCAUUGUUGUUCAACACCUGUUUCGGCAGUUGUUAGUUUGCAUUUUUGGAAAACAACUUGAGAAAAGGGUAAGAAGUAAUAUAAAUGAAAGUUUGUCAAUCAAUUUCAAGAUAUAUUUUAAUUAUACACUACGAAGGACAAGACGACAAGUGGCCCAAGCGCUAUAAGCACGUUUCAUCUUACCGUCUAAAUUUAUUCAUGCUAGAUAACUCUGUACUAUCUAACUGGUUAGAAUUAGAGUGAGCCUCUGAGUUUAAGUAUCUUCGUUCCCUCGGUGCGUAAAAUCUUGUUUUUCCAGUAAUGUUGAAUUCAUUGAGGUUAUUGUUGUUGCCCAAAGUACUGCAAUGUUUCUAUUAUCGAAUGUCGAGGGACCUUUCGAGGUCAUCCUUAGUUCAAUAAAAACGAACACUGGAAUGUUUUGCACCCCAAAACAUGCGACUGCUAGCAAGCAACUCGAUAUAUUUUUCAAAGAGAACGCGCCUUUUUCAUUUUCAUUGCUAUUCUGUUGUUUCUACGACUUUUCCUGGCGAUUCUGAACAAUUUAUAGUUGACGAACAACAUUUGGCCAAAGAGAAUACUAAAACAACUUAGUAAAAAACUGCGUAUACGAAAUUAGGACGUACACAGCAGAUAUCCGCCCCAGAGUUACAAACAUAAUACUUAAUAUUGCAAGGAGAGUUAAAAGUUUUCCCUUUGUUACCGAUGUUCGAUGAAAGAUAGGAUAAAAUGUUGACAAAUAUCGAUCAAAAUUCAUGACCAAAAGACCGAGUAAAGAAAAACCAAUGGAAAUACGUGAUACGUUUCCGGAAAUGACCACCCAGCUAGGGUAUACAUACAUAAUGCAACGUUCCAGUCAACCGUAGGAUCGCGAGAAGAGCUAUUAAUGGAUUAUUAGUUACAACCAGAAGCAAAUCGAAACAGUACAAAACCAUUAUCAUAUAAAAUAACAUAAUUUCUUUCGAAGCUGCACAGAUCUCCGGAUACUGAGUUAACUUACGCUCAGCACGUUUCAUCUUACUGAAUGGGGUGUUAGAGGAAAGAGGGCUGAACCUAGACUUGCCCAAGUCGCUCGCUAGGGACCGCGCGUAGCAAGAAGGGAGCGCUUGAGAAAGACGGAAGCGAGCGACUUGUGUCACUUGCCUGAUUUUCAAUCUUACUGAAAAAUUUGGCGCGAAAAUAAUUAUGACAUAGUGGGCGUUCACCAUGUCGAUUUCACUAGUUCAUUGUUUUGGCGUCGUUCGUACAGAAUAAUAAUGAGCAUUCACUGACUUCACCCGAGCAAAAAUGCACCGGUGAAUUUGGCGCGCUUGCGGGUGACAAUAGUCCGUCCCUUCCAGGAACCACGAACCGCGGACUUUGGAAAGUCUAGGCUGAACCUUCUCCUCCAUGUUGCCGGGGGAGGGGGAAUCAUAACCUG